AUGUCUGGCCGUGGAAGUCGUAGCAGCGGCUCGUCAACCGAAGGCGGCAGCGACAAUGGUGCAAAUGGGCCAGAGGCAACGGGGGGUCUUGAUGAAAAGCAUUUUGGAGACAAGAACCAAGGAGAAUCACCGGCACCGCGGGUACAUUUCCGAUCAUCGACCAGCUUUUCACAUAAUGUACCUCGUCAAUCGCCGCAUGAAAGGUCUGGUCCCGAGGAUCAACCUCCACCCCCUGCGGCACCAUAUGCCCAUCAGUCUGCGGAUAUCGCCGACACCGCGCUGGGGGGACAGACCCAAUCCACUGAUCAAGCCGAGGGGACAGUGAAGGAUGAAAAAGCACCCGACAAGCCACUCUCGGAACAAGCACAGAACAUAAGGACUAUCCCGAAUACAUUCAAUAUCAACACUGCGAAAACACGCUUUCGUUCGGCAACUUCAAGCUUCAAACAGAGGGCUUCGCGCCUGGGGGACCGGCUAGGUCGGCCUACACAGGGAGGCGAUGAUCUUGGGUCGGGUAUGUACCAUGCAGACUGGGCGACCGGCAGCGAACCUCCAAUGUCUGAUGUGACCGACGACAAGCACAAAACUUAUGAAGAAAAGCGUCAGCACCAAGCAACAAGUAGUUCUGAAGCACAUCGACUCGUCCGCGACCUGAUGCAAGAUCAUUCUGGCAACCGGCGCAAAACACGAGGCCGACGUGACCCAGGCAACGCUACCGAAUUUGUGGGAGCGGAAAACGAGUCGAGUCUUGACUCGGGCUUGCGGUAUCGAUCUGGUGGUGGAGGUGUGUUGUCCCAGCUGAUCAAGCUCAAUGGCGGACAGCAUCAACAAGGAAGCGCGUCUAGGAAUCCGAGUCAAUCCUCAGUCGAAUCUACAUCUAGUGGUGCGUCUUCCACGAGCCAGGGACCAAGAUCAAAAAAAGAUAUACCGAAAUGGUACAAAAGGCCUCCAAAUACAUCAACGUCCACGUUGAUCGGAGCGUCGAGCAGUCUGAGUGGAGCGAGCACACCAAUCUCAAGUGAGGUCAUGUCGGCGGCAUCUCAAAGACGUGGCAAACAAGCCGAUCGCGGACCCCGACUGGAAGAUGAGAUCCGAGUUACUAUUCACAUUGCAGAGAUCAUCUGUCGACAGCGAUAUAUCAUGCAGCUCUGUCGGGCAUUGAUGCAAUUCGGAGCACCCACUCAUCGACUAGAAGAGUACAUGCAGAUGACGUCCAAGGUCCUUGAGAUCGAUAGCCAGUUUUUGUAUUUGCCGGGCUGCAUGAUCAUGUCUUUUGAUGAUCCCUCGACGCGAACAACGGAGGUAAAACUGGUCCGGGUUGCACAGGGAGUGGACCUAGCUCGCCUCUCUGAUACCCAUCUCAUUUACAAAAAUGUCAUUCACGAUGUGAUUGGGAUCGAAGAAGCGAUUCAGGACCUAGACGACGUGAUGAAGAAGGGGCCACGCUAUAACAAGUUCAUCGUUGUCAUGGUAUAUGGCCUGGCCACGGCCACCGUUGGCCCCUUUGCGUUUAACGCCCGACCUAUUGACAUGCCGAUUAUCUUCCUCAAUGGGUUACUGGUCGGAGCUAUGCAACAUCUCGCCGCCCCUCGAUCGGUUCUCUAUUCGAAUGUCUUUGAGGUCACAUCGACCGUGCUAACAUCCUUCAUUGCUCGUGCCUUCGGAAGUAUUCCAUUGAGGACUGUCGAUGGUAAGCGAGAAUAUCUGUUCUGCUUUUCUGCGAUUACACAAGCUUCGAUUGCGUUAAUCUUGCCCGGGUUCUUGGUUCUGUGUAGCAGUUUGGAACUGCAAUCGCAUCAGAUCAUCGCAGGCUCGAUUCGAAUGGUGUACGCGAUCAUCUUCUCCCUGUUCAUCGGAUACGGGAUCACUGUUGGCACCACGAUUUAUGGCCUGAUGGACAACAGCGCAGUGUCAGAUCUGAGUUGUCCCCAAACCGGAGCAUUUCCCAACCCUUAUGUCGCGCGGUUUCCCUUCGUGUCCAUUAUGAUCGUGUGGCUCCUCAUCAUCAAUCAAGGCAAAUGGAAACAAUUUCCGCCAAUGGCCUUUAUCGCCUUGUCCGGGUACACAGCCAACUACUUUAGCACCAAGCGACUUGGAUCGAACUCGCAAGUGGCGAAUACCGUUGGGGCAUUUACGAUUGGCAUGUUGGGGAAUCUGUACAGUCGACUCUGGCACGGUCAUGCCGCGACUGCCAUCUUACCGGGCAUCUUUAUUCUUGUGCCCUCUGGCCUUGCUGCGACCGGAUCGUUGAUUACGGGCGUGCAGUCUGCAGAUGAAAUCCGGCAAAAUGUCUCUUCUCAUUCCUCGUCCAGCAAUACGCCUGGAGCCGGGCUGAGCAGUACCUCGGUGUUUACUUUGGGUUUUGGCAUGAUCCAGGUGGCAAUUGGGAUUACGAUUGGUUUGUUUAUAGCGGCUCUGGUUGUUUACCCAUAUGGAAAACGAAGAAGUGGGCUCUUUAGCUUUUGA